AUGGCAACCGCACACGAACACAACAACGUCGCUCGCGGCCCCAGCGUCGACAAAGAGACCAGCGGAAUUGAUUACGCGCAGAAUGGCAACAACAACCUCCCCAAGCAGAGGGUGCCCUACGACUACGGCGGCAACCCUCUUGCUCACGUUGCUACCAACGAUCCUGACCUGCGCCUUGCUGCCUUCGGUGGUGAAUUCCAGCCCGGACUCUACCGCCCACCGAACCGCAAGUUCGCCAAUCCUGCUCCUCUUGGUCUCUCAGCUUUCGCUCUUACCACCUUUGUCUUGUCGUUGAUCAACCUCAACACACGAAACAUUGGCUCGCCCAGUCUUGUUGUUGCCCUUGCCUACGGUUAUGGAGGUUUUGUCCAGCUUCUCGCUGGUAUGUGGGAAAUGGCUGUUGGUAAUACCUUUGGUGCCACUGCUCUCUCAUCUUAUGGAGGCUUCUGGUUGUCCUUCGCCAUCAUCCUGACCCCUGGUGGUUUCGCCAUCGAGUCCGGUCUUGCCGCAAUCAGCGAGGCUACCUUCCUCAACUCCUUCGGCCUGUACCUGAUGGGGUGGUUCAUCUUCACCUUCCUGCUGCUCAUUUGCACGCUCCGCUCCACCGUUGCGUUCUUCUCCCUUUUCUUCACUCUCGACUUGGCCUUCCUCAUGCUUGGUAUCGGCUACCUUCAUAACGACGGUGCCCACCCCCAGGAGCAGUGCAUCAUCGCUGGUGGUGCUUUCGGUCUCAUGGCUGCGUUCCUCGCCUGGUACAACGCCCUUGCCGGUAUCGCCGACAGUUCCAACAGCUUCUUCGUCAUUCCUGUUGCUCACUUCCCCUGGUCCGACAAAGGCCGUGAGCGCCGCGACAAGGUCGACAACUCUGCCCACCGCGCCGCUUAA